CAAUAGGCUACACAGGAGCGUUGCAGCUAUGUAGGAGUGGACACAGCCUUUCACGCAACGUCUGUUAUCAGCAGCCGAGUGCAGUGAAACCCGAAGAGGCACCGCCUACGUCUGUAACGCGUUAGACAUAGUGCUCAGCUUGCCAUCCAAGGGCCAAAGUCUAAUCAAGACCCAGAAGAGACAUAGCAGGCGGAUAUCAGCCACAAGCGUGGGGGGGAAUCUCUGUUAUUUUUCAAAUAAACAAUGGUUUCCAAAUGCAACUUUGUUGUGUGGCUACCGUUCCUGCUUGCGUUUGUCCUGGUGGUGGCAGGAGACGGUGAGAAGAUGCUCAAGAGGCAAAAACGAGAGUGGAUUAUCGCCCCGAGGAAACUAAAUGAGAAUUAUGACUACACUCACUGGCCAUACAUUGCAAAAAUUCGUUCCGAUAAGGAAUAUGACUCACGCGUCAUCUACACGCUCAUUGGCAAGGGAGCCAACCAGAAUCCGUUUGGGAGAUUCAGCGUAAACCCUGACAGCGGUUUGGUAAAAGUCCACAGCAUACUGGACCGCGAGGAGAUCUCUAAUUACACUUUGCUAGGCGUUGCGCAAUUCUCCAAUGGGCAGCGAGCGGAGAAGGACAUUGAACUGGCCAUUGUGGUCUUGGACGAGAACGACUGCUCACCUGUUUUUCAGGUUAAUCAGAUGGGCUCUGUCAACGAAUCGAGCCCUGCAGGCACCAUUGUCAUGAGAGUGACUGCCACGGAUGCAGAUGAAGGCAUCAACAGCGAGAUCUCCUAUAGCAUAGUGGACGCCAGCAGCUCCAUGUUCAUCAUAAACUCCAGAACUGGCGAAGUCAUGGUCCGUCAGAACACGCUCGAUAGAGAGACCAAAGACACAUAUACGUUGACUGUAAGAGGGACAGACUUGAACGGAAUGGCUGGAGGAAGGUCAUCAACGGGUGACGUAGUGAUUAAACUCCUGGACAUUAACGACAACAUCCCCACUCUGGAAAAAGAAAUGUACGUAGGUCACGUGGAGGAGAACACGGUCAACGUGGAGGUGAUGCGGGUCAGAGCCAUCGAUCUGGAUAUGAUGUACACUGAUAACUGGCUGUCAGUGUACAGCUUCGCUUCCGGGAACGAAGCCGGCUAUUUCAGCAUCACCACCGACUCGAAGACCAACGAGGGCGUAAUCAUGAUUCAGAAGUCGUUGGACUACGAGGAACUCAAAGUGGUCAACUUGGCGCUGAGCGUCUCCAACAAAGCUGAGUACAGCUUCAGGCACGAGGGGACCCAUAAGACCUACCCCAUCAAGAUCAACGUGGUGAACCAGAAGGAAGGGCCCCGCUUCCACCCCAACGUCAAGGUGGUGACCCUAUCGGAGGACAGCAGCACCAUCAGCAUCAACAAGGUCAUCACCAACUACGCCGCCAUCGACAGCGACACAUCCAAAAUCGCUACCAACGUUUGGUAUGCCAAACUGGAGGAUGUCGGUGGCUGGUUGACUAUCGACGAACACACAGCAGACAUUAAGUUGAAUAAAUUACCCGAUCGAGAGUCGAAAUACCUGAAAAACGGAACAUACUAUGCCAAAAUCAUAUGCAUCACAAAAGAUACCCCCAUCAAAACAGCCACAGGGACCAUCGCCAUUCAAGUGGAGGACUACAAUGACCACUGUCCAGAACUGACAGUUACCAGCCAGACCAUGUGUGUUAAUGACAACAUGGUCUACGUUACUGCUGUAGACAAAGAUGAGUUCCCAAAUUCAGCACCGUUUGAAUUCAGAGUGAUUUCUGAAAGCAAGCAAAAAUGGACCAUCGAGCCGUUUAACAAGACCACGGUCAUUCUUCGCGACCAGGCCCACCUGUGGCCAGGCUACUACAAGGUGACCCUUGAGGUCACGGACCAGCAGGGUAAAUCGUGUGCAGCCGCCCAGGUGCUGGACGUGCUAGUCUGUACCUGCCGGGAAGACACAGAGAGCUGCGUGGCCCGCGAGACAAGCACCGCCAAAUUCGGCGCCUCAGGCGUCCUCCUCUUACUCCUGGGACUGCUGCUCCUGCUCUUGUUGCCCUUGCUGCUGCUGUUCUGUCUGUGUGGAGGUGCAGGAGCUAUUGGGAGCUUCAAGGCUAUUCCCUUUGAUGCAAAAGAACAGUUGAUUGCAUACCAUACUGAAGGACUGGGGGAAGCCAAGGCGGUUCCUCUCGUCGGCGUAUCAGAGGUCGACCAUGGGACAACAGGCUGCGGGUCAGUGGGACACGUAAAGAGCGGUUGGGGCAAUGAAGGAGGAGCCGGAGGGACCGGAUGGACCGGUUGGACCGGAGGGGCCGGAGGUGGCUUCACCAGCGAAAGCAUGCAUCACUACAACGGGUACCACCAGCACGGCCUGGGGGCCAUGCAGACAGACUAUGAAGCAGGAGGAGGAGGAGGAGGCAUGACUGGGCAACACGGCCAUUACACCUCACAUCGGGGUUCCGAAUACAGAGGCGUGACGUACGAUGGCAUGGCUGUGUCCGAGGGGUUCCUGCGCGAGUACUACUCCAACAAAGCCAGCCAUGGUGCGCAACAGUCCAUGGAGGCGGAUGCCCUGCAGGCGUUUGCCUACGAGGGCCAGGGCUCUCCGGCCGGCUCCGUGGGAAGCUUCAGCAUGCUGGACAACGACGACGACCUCGAGUUCCUCAAUGACCUCGGACCCAAGUUCAAAACCUUGGCCGAGAUCUGCCGGGGCUCAUCUUUGACCUCUGUGGACGUGAGGCUGUCGGCCCGUCCACCGCAGCCCAGGCCGGUGUCGCCCGUCAGGCCGUCCGCCUCCAGGCCGUCCACCUCCAGCCACACCCACGCCCACACAGAAAGCGUGAGAGAAAAGGACCACGUCGGCGUCAACACCCACAACGUCCAAAACACCCUCAACGCGCAAAACACCCUAAACACCCACAACACCUCCAGUGUCGUUUCCGGAUCCUCCACCAUGGUUCAGGGGCACCUGGUGCAGGGGGGAACCCAGGGAAUAGCCACCCUCCCAAGGAUGCAGUACCAGGACAACAUGGUGAUGGCCGGUCAGACGAUGCUCGUCCAGCAGCCCACCAUGUACUACACGGCCGCCCCCAUGUACGUGGUCGAACAGAGGCCUCAAAUGGUCCUGGUGACGGGGGGCGCCCAGCCGGCGGUGGGUCCGGUGGGGCUGGGUCAGGGGCUGAUGCAGGUGGGAGGUUCCCAGCAGGGCGUGGUUCUCGUGGAGACGCAGAUGGCAGCGGGAACCCAGCCGCACUACGUCGCCAACGGGACGGGCCGGGCCGUCUCGCAGGGGGCGGAGCACACGGUCAUCACCACGACGACAGAGCACGUCACCAAGGCCCAAGGGGUCUCUCACGGCGGCUCUGCCGGUGGAUCCAUGUCCAGGCAGCAGGUGGUGAUGUCGGAUAACGGCUCUGCGUCUGCAGGGGCCGGUGGCAGCAGGGGUUCAGUGCAGACGGUUCUGCUGGAGGGUCAGGGCCUGGCGGGGACUGGGCUGGAGGUCAGAGAUCAAGGAUUAGCGAGUUUCUCGGUGAGCGCCCAGAAGGGUUCAUCAGCGGGGUCAUACAAGAGUUCUGCUGUCAACACCACGCCCAUAGCUGUAGGGAGCCAAAACGUUGUUACGCAGCAUAAAAAGAUUGUUGUCACUGAGAGAAAUGUCGAAACCAGUUCUCGAGCGUAGCGCCAGUUUGGAAUGUUUAUCCAUUUGUAUUUGCUUUGUCUUGCAUGACCAAGACUUUGUAGUAGCAUCUGUCAUUAUCAAUCAUCCAAGUAUGUUCGAUUGACUUUUGCAUCUGUUACCGCAACACAGAAUUGAUUUGAUAAAACCUGGAUCUAGACCUGAAAUAUUAAGUACUAGGUGAUAACACACCCAAAUGUCUUUUUUAAAUCUUCAAAUAUACAUACAGUGUUUCUAGUAAUUUGCCGUAUUUUGGGAACAAAUAUUGAUCAUGGUAAAUUACACCAAAUGUAAUGGAAGGCAUAUUUCAAGAACAUUCUGAUAUGAUUAGGAAACAGAUAGAAGUAAUUUUGUCAAAACUGCAUGUUCCGAGUUUUAUUUGGAUAUACUGUAUACAUCAGGCUCAGAAGAAAGAGAAAUACUCUUAGAAAAAUAAAACUGAGUAUUCUUUGAUCUAUCCAACCUGGAGAUGCCAGCAUUCUGAGAAUCACAUUGUAUUUUGACAGUAUGACUUCAUUAAUAGGGUUUUAAAACAAUUUUAAGAUUACUGCUGGUGUAAUAAUAAUAAUAAUACAUACAUACAAUUAAUUAGUUUUAAGGUGUUUAAAUGUGUUUGUUUAUGUUGGGCUCAAACUGGUUGCUGGUUGUUAAUUCUACUGUUGAUCAGAGCAAAGGUUUAUAGCAAAAUGCUUGUAGUACUAACAGUUUUUAUCUAAACGAAAAAGCUUGUGUGUACCGAAUUUGCACAAAGGUUAUGCUGAAUAAUAUAUAUAUUUUUUUUAAUCGAUGUGUGUCUGUGGUUUUGUAAUUGACUGGCAAUUAAAAAAGUUAUGAAAUAGUUUUGAUAUGCUUUGUUUUUUAAUAAUGCUAAAGAUAUUAUGUUGUGACUCCCUCGGAAAGCACUGUUGAUUUUAGUUAAGGGACAAUGACUGCUGUUUUGGUUUGGGUAAUGGUAAUUAUGUUGAUAGUUUCAUCCCACUCCAUGGCAUUUGUACGCCAUACAUGUUUGUUUAACUUGUUUUUCGCCUCUUGUUAUAAUAAAAUGCCAUAGUUGCAUAA